AUGCCUCGUGUCAUUGUGCUAGUUGUGCUAGCCUCAUUGGCUUUGUACGUAUCAAGUGACCAAAUUGUGCAGGGAGCACUCCAGAAAAUUUUCCCAUAUGCAGCACCGGCUAAAGUCAAAACGCUCACCACCAAUGUCAACAAGCAAACAGCAAUUGCAAAGGCUAAGACAGUAGUGAAAAACUGGAUUCCAAAGAACUGGAAAGCCGCCAACGCUAAAGUGGAUGCCAAAAACCAGCUCUCCAAACAAGCCUACGCACAAAAGAAGGCCUUGACCUUCAUAGAUUACAGAUAUUCCCUCAAAAAGUAUAUCAAUUAUCUAUACAAUCAAGCAGUCAACACAAAGUACCUAACCAAGCCAGAAGCAGAUAAUAUGCGCACAAUGUUCUGGGCUGCAGAUAGCAAGGCUUUGAACAAUUAUACAGUCACUUGUCAGACUUUUAUGAUGGAGGCCAUGCAGAAGAUAAAAAAAACGCCCACCAUCCAAGAGAGUGUCACAGAUCUAACCGGAAAGUUUGCUAAGGCCAAUCCAAAGGACUACGCUAAUUUGCAAUGGACAUUGUAA